CAACCACCAACCAGCGCAGCGGAUGACGAAUACAGCAGAUACAUCUUACGGCUUUGUUUACGGCGUUGGAAAUGGCGGCAAACGAAAACAUGGACCCCACACUUGAUGUGGAAUGUGUAGUUAAUCGUUGGAUGGUGGAUUAUUAUAUAUCUGUGGCAUUUGAUACUUUUAGGAAUGAACGGUAUACUGAUUUCUGUGAGAUCAGAGACAUCCUUCAAUGUCAUCUGGUUCGGCCGUUGGAAGCCAACGAUGCCAUGCCGAAGAAGAUUCGAGCAAUACAGUUCCUCACCAGGAUAAAUGAUGGUGACAAACUCGACUUCUCGUUUGAAUCUCAGGAGUUCCUCACUCCGCUGGAGUCUGCUAUGAGUGUAUUGGACAGCAUCAGCGAGGAGUUGACAGUUCCCCAGAAAGACCUGGAGAGAGUACACAAGUCUAUCAGAGAGAUGUUGGUGAUGGUGUGCAUUAAGAACAACGCGUUUGACAAAGCCAAGGAGGUUUUGACGAAAUACUUCCCAAAAGGCAUGGUUGGAAAGAAAGCGAUCUUCCUGGGGCUGGUCAGCAAGAGGAGCAGUGAGCAUUCAGUCCUGCAGCAGGUCACCUACCAGCAGUUUAAACAAGAGAUGCUGCAGUUCUGUGAAAGCCUGUUCACCUACUCUCCUCCUUUCCUGUGCAGGAACCCACUGCUCCUAACCCGAACUGAGGGGAUCUGUCUGUGUGAAUACCAGGCUGCCAGACAGCUGAUGGUGAAGAGACAGGAGGCAGGACAGGAUGCGGAGGAAGGAGACUGUCCCUCAGUCCCUCAGCCAGAGGACCACCUUGGACCAGCAACACAGGACAACACAUCCAGACACAAACCCAGUCCUCCCAGUGCACCCCCUGGUGGCGUCCGGCUGACCCGCAGCCGGCUGAAGGCCGUUUAUACAGCCCUGGCCGAGGAGCUGAGGGAGCCCAUGACCUUUGCCGAGCUGGAGGAGGUGGUGGAAAGGGAGGUGAUGGAGGAGAACGCAGGAAAAGGAGAUGCUGUUGUGGACCAAGAGGAACCCGUCCUGCAUCUCUCCGGAAGCCCCAGGCAGGGCUCAGACGCUGUGCUGGAGCAGGAUGUCCCUGGGUCCCAGAGAGACUCAGGCAGUCCAAUGGAGGCCUCCCCUGCUGACCUGGCACCCCCAGCAGAUCUGGCACCAGAGGCAGGCCCACAGUGGAAGAGCAGAGGCUGGCCUUACACCAUAGCCAGGCUGGUUAUGGAGCCAGACAGCCAGGAUUCUACGGCCUCUCUAGAGCAGCCUGUAGAUGAGAGGGAGGAGCCGGUAGCUGAGAGGGAGGAGCCGGUAGCUGAGAGGGAGGAAUCGGUAUCCAACGGGGAGGAGUCAGUCAGCCGGGCGGACCCACUAAGCCCCGCCUCCACCUGCAGCCCACCCACACGGAAGUAUCGCAAACGACGAGCCAGAGAGAGAACCAAAGAGUCCUCGUCUGACCCCGAGGAGGAUGUGUGUAUUCUGGAUGACACCCCUGAGCAUGUAGAACGUACCACCCGGUCCGUUUCUACCCCCCAGAGAGGCUCCACCCCCCAGAGAGGCCCAUCCAAUCAGAGAAGCUCUUCACAUAAGAGAAGCUCCACCCCUCAGAAGGAAUCCACCAGUAAAAAGGGAACCGAUCCGAAGUGGAAGCAGCUAUUCAGGGUUGCCAAGGAAUCCAAGGAUAGGUGGAGCGAUGAAGAUGAUUUAUUUGACUCCCCUCACAAAGACAGUUCUGGAGACAGCAACAGAACCAGUACCACUGGAGGUGGCAGGAAGAGGAUGUGGACAGCAGAGGAGACCGAGUGGGUGAAGGAGGGAGUGCGUCGCUAUGGAGAGGGGAACUGGACCAGAGUACAGUCCUCUUUCCCCUUCGUCGGCCGAACAUCCGUCAACAUCAAGGAUAGGUGGAGAACCAUGAAGAAACUAAAGAUGGUCUGAGGGCACCAAACAGAAGAACACUGGCUAAAACAGGGGAAGGACUAUCUACUAACUUGUCCUAUAAGAAAUGCUCCUUUUUCGCUUUCAGUUGCAAAAUGUUUUUCUACGGGGUGCAGUAAUGAAUUCGACCCUGGAGAGGGCCUCUGAGCUACGUACGAGAAUGACGACAUUAUCCAGUUGAGAGAAUGGAUGCAGACUUUUAAACGUUUUCUUUCCACAAAAUGUUGAUUUUGUUAAAUUAACAUUUACCCGCCGCACAUCCAUCAACGAUGAGGACGGGUGGAGGACCAUGAAGAAGCUAAAGAUGGGCUGAGGGCCUUUGGACUAAGCGAGAGAGAAUAGGUAGAUUAUCCAGCUAAUCUAAAUGGAUGUUUUAGAAACGUUCUAGAAUAUGUUCAAUGUUGAUUCUGCCACUUUUUAACAGAUUCUUGAAAUAAGACAGACAGUCUUUCUUCGUAGAAUAAAGACUUCUCUUAUACUGA